AUGGCCCGUGCAGCGGAGAACGAGCGGGUGCCGCUCGUGGGGGAUACCUCCAGUGCGAAGACGGAUAGAUACGUACCCGGGAGGAAUGUGGGCCCGCAGAGGACGUCGCGGACUGCGCAGAAACUGAAAUUGCUGCCCGAAGAACCCUUCCAGCGGGGCAAUAGUAGUGAUACUGGUACUCGUACUGGCGGCGGUGCAUCCACACUCACGCCAGUUGAUCGGGACGUGUACUCUCAAGUGGACAGGAUUUUGGACAAGCCUGCGAGGAGGGAUGCGGAGAAGCUGGGCAAGGCGCACAGGCAUCUCCUACCGCGUUGUACCGCGUACUGCACGGCGAGUAGUUACAAUAUGCGGGAGCUGAUACGAUGGUUCAAAGAUUCCAAGAAGGUGCACCACACGCACGCGCGGCUGUUUGACGAGUGUUUAUACACGCCCUUCAUGUACACGGAUUGGCGCGGGGACAAGCGGUUUGAGCAUGAGGAUGUGAUCCGGCUCGAUGCGGAGGGCGGAGAGAUCAACGUAAGCGAUAAACAGCCAGACCUCUUCGUGUUCGAAUACGGUGUUGUGGUCAUGUGGGGGUUUACAGAGCGCGAGGAGAAGGCGUUUUUAAGCGAUAUAGACAGAUUUGAGAAGGAGAAGCUCGCGGACGAGGAUGUCCAGGUCGAGGAGUUUAACUACUACGUGACGCAGUCGUACCAACCGAGGAUCUACAACGAUUUCAUUACGUUGCGAGACGGGUCCAACUACAUGGUAAAGCUAUCGAUAGCACAUGCAAUUGCACAGAGUGUCAAGAUCUCGUUCUUCGAGGAGCUCGUAGACAACACGAUAGAAGACACGCAAGAUAUCCCGCAAGAGAUCGCGCUCAGCGGGAAAGUGUCCAUGACAAAAGAGGAGAUUAUGAAGAGUAUUGGUGAGCUGUUCAUCUUGCGGAUCAACAUCAACCUGCACGGGUCUGUGCUGGACUCUCCAGAGAUUAUGUGGUCCGAACCACAACUGGAGCCCAUCUACCAGGCCACAAGAGGGUACCUCGAGAUCAACCAGCGGGUUGCGCUGCUGAAUCAGCGGCUGGAGGUCAUCUCAGAUUUGUUACAGAUGUUGAAGGAACAACUGGGCCACUCACACGAGGAAUACCUGGAGUUCAUAGUGAUCAUCCUAGUGGGAGUCGAGGUGGUGAUUUCACUAGUCAACGUCUUCUCCGACAUAAUAGCCAACCGUUGA